AUGUUAAUAAUGUUAUUCUUUCCGAAAACAAUCGCUUCUUCGCGAUGGGUUGUGUUAGAGAUGAUCCUUUUCGGCGCUUUUAUGCUCUAUAUUACGGUGAUAAUACGUUACUACGAGUCCACGCCAUUGACCUGUUUUCUGGAGCCGUGGUUUAGGGAAGUGGGGUUUGCCUUCUGUUACGGCGCUAUAGUCAUCAAAGUUUACCGCAUUUUUGCCGAGUUUCAGACCCGAAAGGCCCAUCGGGUUUGUGUCCGCGACAAAGACCUACUGAAAUACUUGGGCGGUAUAGUGUUGGUGGUGUUGGGCUAUAUGAGCGCCUGGACUGCGCUCGUGUUGGACGGCAUCGACGACGUGUCGCAAAUCAAUUGGUUCAACGGAACCGUCAAUUUGGAUAUCAAGGGCCGCAAUAUUCUGGAGGAACGGUCGACACUGAAUGGGCUCCGGUAUAUAGUCUGUAGGCAACUGUCGUGGGAUUAUGUCACAGAAAUGGGUGAAUUGGUAUUCCUGUUGACCGGCGUUUACAUCACAUAUUGUAUAAGGAAUGCCAAAAAGGAGAUCUAUCGGGAAAAGUGGACACUCGCCGCCUCCCUAUACUUGGAGACCAUAGUGUCGUUCACCACAUACACCAUACGACACGUAUUAUGGUUUUACCCCGAUCUCCAUCCCGACCAUAUAUUUCUGCUAUAUAUGGCUCGCUGUCAACUGACAGUCACUCCGAUGUUAAUAAUGUUAUUCUUUCCGAAA